AUGCUAAAAAUCAUCAUCCCCACCAUUAUAUUAAUCCCCCUCACCUUCUUAUCCCCAGCCAAACAUCUCUGAACCAACACCACAGCAUACAGCCUACUAAUUGCCUCCAUUAGCCUCCAAUGACUCGUCCCAACAUAUUACCCAAGCAAAGGCUUAACCUUUUGAACCUCUAUCGACCAAAUCUCAUCUCCCCUGCUUGUUCUAUCCUGCUGACUACUCCCCCUCAUACUCAUAGCAAGCCAAAAUCACCUAGAACAAGAACCCAUUAUCCGUAAACGAAUCUUCAUCACAACAAUUAUACUAGCCCAACCCUUCAUCAUCCUGGCAUUCUCAGCCUCAGAACUCAUAAUAUUCUACAUUGCAUUUGAAGCCACCCUAAUCCCAACCCUAAUCCUAAUCACACGCUGAGGAAACCAACCAGAGCGCUUAAACGCAGGCAUCUACCUCCUAUUCUACACCCUAGCCAGCUCACUACCCCUACUCAUCACCAUUCUACACCUUCACAACCAAAUCGGCACAUUAUACCUACCGAUACUAAAACUCUCACACCCAUCACUAGCCAACUCCUGAACCGGCCUAGCAUCAAGCCUAGCCCUUCUAUUAGCCUUUAUAGUAAAAGCCCCUCUAUACGGCCUUCACUUAUGAUUACCCAAAGCCCACGUAGAGGCUCCAAUCGCAGGCUCCAUACUCCUAGCAGCCCUUCUCCUAAAACUAGGGGGAUACGGCAUCAUGCGAAUCACUAUCCUAGUAAACCCCACAUUAAACAACCUACACUACCCAUUCAUCACCUUAGCCCUAUGGGGAGCCGUUAUAACAAGUGCCAUCUGCCUACGGCAAACUGACCUAAAAUCAUUAAUCGCUUACUCCUCCGUAAGCCAUAUAGGCCUAGUUGUCGCUGCAACCAUAAUCCAAACUCAAUGAGCCUUCUCAGGUGCAAUAAUCCUAAUAAUCGCCCAUGGACUCACAUCCUCCAUACUAUUCUGCUUAGCCAAUACAAACUACGAACGAACCCACAGCCGAAUUCUUCUCCUCACACGAGGCCUUCAGCCCCUACUACCCCUCAUGGCAACCUGAUGACUCCUAGCAAACCUAACUAACAUAGCGCUUCCACCAACCAUCAACCUAAUAGCAGAACUAACCAUUAUAAUUGCCCUAUUCAACUGAUCCUCCCUCACCAUUAUCCUAACAGGAACCACAAUCAUCCUAACUGCCUCAUACACCCUCUACAUACUUCUAAUAACACAGCGAGGCACCCUCCCAUCCUACAUGACAUCCAUCCAAAACUCCUCUACACGAGAGCAUCUACUCAUAGCCCUUCACAUAAUUCCUAUAAUCCUCCUUAUUCUCAAACCAGAGCUCAUCUCUGGAGUCCCUAUAU